CGUCGCGACAUGACACGCACCAUCUUCCAUCUUCUAACCAACCCAACUUUAGCCCACCAUGGUCAAUUUGGCCGAAAUCGGGGCCAAAUUGACGGCCGGCCGUCAACUUGGCCAGGAACUAUCACCAACUGCACGUGCAGCUAUUAUAGGUGCCGUUGCAGCCGGAGCUAGCCAGUUAGCCGUUGCCCGCGCGUUUCGCAUCGAGAGGACGGCUUCCAAGCCUCAAACAGGCCAGCCAGAGAUUCUUACAUGUCGGGAAAAGCGGUAUAUCCUACAAUUGGCUAAACGGCGUCCCCAGCUUAUAACCUAGAUGCUGAUCAAUACUAUAGAUGGCCGCAUCUCCCGAUCAACGAUAUACUGAGUUCUUCGCCAUUAUCGGAACGCAAGUGGCGUAUAUAAAAAAGAAUCCCAUUGAC